ACAUCCGCGAAUGAGUUACCUUCUUGAAGAGCUCGUUUGUUGAUAUUGGAGAAAAUGGCGACGGGAGUGAGACAGGAGCUUGCCCAGCUGAUGAAUUCAAGCGGAUCUCACAAGGAUCUCGCCGGCAAAUAUCGACAAAUUCUGGAGAAGGCUAUUCAGUUCACAGAUGCAGAACAAUUAGAAUCACUCAAGGCCUUUGUGGAAGCUAUGGUCAAUGAGAACGUCAGCUUAGUGAUCUCCAGACAGCUACUGAGCGACUUUUGCGCGCACCUGCCCAACCUCCCUGACAGCACGUCCAAGGCCGUCUGCCAUUACACCCUGGAGAAGAUCCAGCCUAGGGUCAUCUCUUUCGAGGAGCAGGUGGCUUCAAUAAGGCAGCAUCUGGCCACAAUAUAUGAGAAGGAGGAGGACUGGAGGAACGCUGCUCAGGUGCUGGUGGGCAUUCCUCUGGAAACAGGACAGAAACAGUAUAAUGUCGAUUAUAAGCUAGACACAUAUCUGAAGAUCGCCCGCCUCUACCUGGAGGACGAUGACCCUGUCCAGGCGGAGGCCUACAUCAACCGUGCCUCACUGCUACAGAAUGAGUCCACCAACGAGCAGCUGCAGGUUCAUUACAAGGUGUGCUAUGCCAGAGUCCUUGACUACAGGAGGAAGUUCAUCGAGGCAGCACAGCGCUACAACGAACUCUCGUAUAAAUCCAUCGUUCACGAGAGUGAGCGGCUCGAGGCUCUGAAACACGCUCUCCACUGCACCAUACUAGCCUCUGCAGGUCAGCAGCGCUCCCGUAUGUUGGCGACCCUCUUCAAAGACGAGCGUUGCCAGCAGUUGGCGGCCUACGGCAUCCUCGAGAAGAUGUACCUGGACCGCAUCAUCAGGGGCAACCAGCUGCAGGAGUUUGCCGCCAUGUUGAUGCCCCACCAGAAGGCCACCACUGCAGACGCUGAAGACCUGUUGCCAAAUGCUGCCCCUUCAGGUUCCAGCAUCCUGGACCGUGCGGUGAUCGAGCACAACCUGCUGUCAGCCAGCAAACUCUACAACAACAUCACCUUUGAGGAACUAGGAGCUCUUCUAGAGAUUCCCCCAGCUAAAGCUGAAAAGAUUGCCUCACAGAUGAUUACGGAAGGUCGAAUGAAUGGAUUUAUAGACCAAAUAGAUGGCAUUGUUCAUUUUGAAACCCGGGAGCCACUGCCCACUUGGGACAAGCAGAUCCAGUCAUUGUGCUUCCAGGUCAACAACCUGCUAGAGAAGAUCAGCCAAGCGGCCCCCGAGUGGACGGCACAGGCCAUGGAGGCCCAGAUGUCCCAAUAAGGACCUUUCAUCCCUGUCCCCAUAGGACACCAAUACAGACACACACACACACACACACACACACACACAAUUGCAUAUGAGUGAGCUAUACACAACACUGUAGUCCGUCUGUCGGUCUUGGUUUUGGUGAAGAAAAACCAGGAACUUUGAACCACUGCUCCUUGUCUCCACUCUAAAGUAAGAUAUUGGUUUAGAUGCACACUGGCAUUGAGAGACUUGGAUGGACAGCAGAUGAUUUUUUUUUUUUUUUUUUUUUUUUCCCCCAUGUGAAGCAUCGCUAAUGUAAACGGUAACUGUCACCAUGGUGAGCUCUUCUACAUGUCAGAUAUAUCAUCAUAUUACUUAGCCAAAUUGGAGAAAAUCUCUUUUUUCUUUAUUCCUAGUCAUCCAUUACAGGGCUAAUACUGAUUUGGAAGAUGUGUUGGUGCCCUAAUGCCUCUAUAUGUCUGGCUAUCCAGCACUUAUUAAAUGUUCUACAUUUGGAACUGGCUUUGUUUUCUAAUGUUACAUCGUUUGGAUAAAAGCCCAUUGAUUACCUGGAAAACAAAUGUAAAACAAAAGUAUUAAACCCAUCUCAUAACAGAUACAUUUAACUCUCCUGUUAGAGUUGGAAUGUGGGUCACAAUUUAAGUUAUACAUGUGUGUGAAAUUGGUAUUCCAGUAAGCUUUGUGAAAUGGACAGGGUAGGCCUUUGGGUAAAAAGAAAUGUUUUCUUCCAUUCAGUAGCAUCCUCCAUUUAAAAACGAUAUCUCGUUGUCUGUUCUCAGAAAUAGACACAAACCGAUUUUAUGGACAAUUAAAACCAUACACGCAAAAACAAUAAAACUCUUGAACUUGA